CAUGAUAAUCGAAGUAAGUUAAUAAUACUUGAGACACGAGUCGAUAAAAUCAAAAGGGUAGUGUACGUUUAUGCUAGCAACUGGUGGAGAGCUUUAUCACCAUGGAGACAACUACUCCGUACCCAUCUACUACACAGCAUCCGAACUUUUUUCUCAUUUUCAAAGGUAGAACAGAAUUCGUAAAAUACGGUAGAUUUUACACGUUCUCAUGUUGUAAUACCUUGCGGAAAUUAAUUACCUUUUGGCAUUUUAGUUACCAUUAAGAAUAAAGUAACAAUGGAAAAUAAUUUAGAAAUUAUUAGUCCAAUCACCGAAGAACAUUACGAUGAAAUCAUACUACACUUGAGGAAUAAUUUCUUCGCUGAUGAGCCGCUGAAUAAAUCAGUGAAAUUAUGUGAACAUGGUGAUAAACAUGAAGACUUGGAAAAACAUAGUUUACAAACGUUACAAGACAAUCUUUCAGUAAUGAUAGUGGAUAAAGAUGCUAAUAAGGUCAUCGGCGUAGCUUUAAAUGGAAUCCAAAACGCAGGUGAUAUUCAAACAGAAAAAGAAAAAUUGAAUCAAGCCAACGAUGAAAAGUAUAAAAAUAUUUUUACUUUUUUAUACGGAAUUAAUCAAGAUCUUGAUCUAUUCUGCAAGUAUCGCGUCGACCGUAUUUUCGAAUGCAGAAUAUUAUCUGUCGAUCAAAAUUACAGAGGACAAGGUUUAGCUAAACAGCUUCUCCAAAAAAGCUUGGAAAUUGCCGAAGAACAAGGUUUUAAGUUAUUCAAGCAAGAUGCUACCAGUUUCUACACGCAAAAAAUUGCUGAAAAUAUGGGAUUCGUUACGAUAUUUGAACUUCGUUACAAAGCUCAUCGAAACGAAGAUGGAGAACCGAUUUUCAAAACUUCAGAACCUCAUAAAUUUCUGAAAGUUAUGAUUAAAGUAUUGGAGUGAAUAUUAUUUUACUAGUUUAAUGCAAAAAAUGGACCAUUUCACCAAAUGUGACAAUAAUUUACGAGUUUAAAUAUAUAAAUUUGCUUUAGAUUUGCUUUUAUAAUACCUAUACCUAUAUAAUGAAUGUCGAAGUGUCAUCUAAUGGCUGCUUCUCAAAUGUGACAAUAAUUAUAACUAUAAAAGACAAUACAUAUUUGUGUAAGUAUAAUUUUAACUUAUACCUCGUUGCAUAAGUACCUUACAGUUGCCGGUAUAUUUUUAUGUUAAAUGUUGUUGAUAUUUCUCGUGUUAGGAAUUUCAUUUUCUUCAUUUAUUUGCGUUAAAAUAAUUGAAUAUCACGUCUUCUCAACUUGAUGAUUACCCAUACUUACCUACCUAUAUGUUGUGUUAAUUGAUAACUUUGAAUUUAUCACAUGGUGCUUUACAUGUAGGUACCUACGUUUAUCUAUGUAUAAGACAGUAUAAGUAUUUACCUACUAACCUAAAAUAGAAAACUUCAUACCGUGCGUACCUAUCUCUAUUAUUAAAAAUAAUUUGAGAAAAAAUAAAUAAACGCAUAGAUUACAUA